ACCCCACCUAUCUGCUCUCCUAUCGCUCUCCAAGCACCUUUGGUUUGACUCCUCCACAAUUUCUUAUAAUUUUCUGCAGACACUUAUGCGCGUAAUCUAUGCUUCAACCACCUCUGUCCCUCUCUGUUUCAUUGCUUCAAGUGAUGCUUAGGAUAAGAAGCGUGGGUGAAUUCAUCUGUUUCCCAGCUUCCUGUUCACCUUGGACUAGUUGGGAGUUUUUCGUCAAACAAUUCUGCUUCAAUUUAUUGACUUAUGGGGGGGGGGGGGGGGGCGCUUGCGUUGCCUCCUGCCGUGUUUUUCUUUUUUGGCUCGUCGCGUCUAGCCGUCAACCAAGAAAUUAUACCUCAAAAGUUUGCUGCUUUUGAUCCGUUUCAUUCCUAGGAGCUGGCAAGCUGUUCUUGAGCUAGAAAGGAGAAGAAACAAGAACCUCUGUUUCUAUCACCACAAUUUGCGUCGUUCUGAUCGUAAUUUGAGCUGUUGAGGUGGACGCGAUGGAGAAAACGAGGCAAGAAACCACCACGAGCUGAGCCCCGCCGCUUUCUUGCUCCAAGCAAUGGGUUGCUUCCGCCGCUUCAGUCUUAAGAUCAAGAAGAACAAAGGUGAGAGGCGGCACGAGGGUCCAGCGCCGGCGUCUCCGGCGGCCGCCUCGUUCCCCUCCACCGUCUCCACGGCCGCGCGCUCCAACCUGUCCUUUUCCACGGUGUCGUCGGCCGUCGGCACGAGCCAGUCCGAGGACUCGUGCGCGGCCGUGAGGCCCGCGGCGAGCAAGUCGUCGGGCUCGGUCUCGGUCUCGUCGGCGCGGAGCAUCCCGGAGCUGUACGAGGAGAGGGGCGCCAAUAGUCUGAGAGAGUUCGGGUUCCGUGAGCUCCGGGCCGCGACCAGCGACUUUAGCCGGCUGCUCAAGGUCGGCGAGGGCGGCUUCGGGAGCGUCUACAAGGGCGUCGUCCGGCUGCCCGGCGGGCCCGCCGGCGGCACGGUGGUCGCCAUCAAAAGGCUCAAUCCCAACGGCCAUCAGGGUCACAAGCAAUGGUUGGCAGAAGUUCAUUUUCUAGGAGUUGUUGAGCACCCAAACCUCGUCAAACUCAUUGGGUACUGCGCCGCUCAAAGCGAGCGGGGCCCUCAGAGGCUGCUGGUAUAUGAGUUCGUGUCGAACAAGACCCUGGACGAUCAUCUGUUCAAUCGGGCAUACCCUGUCCUUCCAUGGGACAUCAGGUUGGAAAUUGCACUAGGUGCUGCCGAGGGAUUGCUGUACCUCCAUGACGGAUUGGAAGUCCAGGUCAUAUAUCGUGAUUUCAAAGCUUCCAAUGUACUGCUGGAUGAGGAAUUUAGAGCAAAACUUUCAGACUUCGGAUUGGCUAGAGAAGGGCCAUCAGCAGGUCAUACUCAUGUGUCUACAGCGGUUAUGGGGACUUUUGGUUAUGCAGCUCCAGACUAUGUUGAGACAGGCCAUCUCACUGCGAAGAGUGAUGUUUGGAGCUUUGGAGUGGUUCUAUAUGAGAUCCUCACUGGACGGCGCUCAAUGGAAAGGAACCGCCCCAAGAAUGAGCAGAAACUUCUGGAAUGGGUGAGGCAGUAUCCUGUCGAAAGUAAGCGAUUCAGCAAGAUUAUAGAUAAAAGGCUCGAAGGCCAUUACUCGAAGCAGGGCACUAGAGAAAUUGCCAGAUUGGCCAAUAGCUGCCUUGCAAAGCACGGAAAAGACCGUCCAACAAUGAGAGAGGUGGUAGAGAGCCUGAAGCAAGCGAUGCAGCACAAGGAGCCGGACGGCGAUGUGGGCGCUUCAGGUGACAGUUCACCUCCCCAUGAGGCGUCUGGGAAACCAACCGCAGAGGAUGUUGCCGUGGCAUCAGCAAGGCGGCGGAUGCUUCACCUGGCUGCCCUAGGUGAGAAUGCAAACAGCAUAGCGAGGAGGAGAUUCAUGUUCAUGAGGGCUGCGGCUGCUCGAACUCCUACAUAACCUUCAGUUGUAGACUUGUAGUUGUGAUAUUUUCUUUUGACUCCGUACUUUCUGGUGUGGCUAUGAAGAUAGGCUCGUUAUAGAUGUUUUCCUCUUUCCACUCUAUAUCUUUUAGAUGACCCCACUUUUUUUACAUUUACUUUCUACUGGUUGAGUAGGUCUGAGACUCCAGGGUUGCUAUUGUAAAGAGUUCUUUGUGUUAAGGAUCAUAGUAUGAAAUGUAAUUCCGCUUUCUAUGUUUGACUGCAACUUUAGAACUUGUAAAAGUAGAUAGUGAUAAAGGUGCCAUAUUCUUCCUUUUCAUUACACAA